UGUGAGCCCACUGUUUCGGAGCUGACGCAUGGGCCUCAAGCCGACCGAGUCGACGCGGCUCCUCGCCGACUUCGUAGCUGAGAAGCACGACGUGGUGCUCGCCUUACGCCACGAUGACAUUCCGCAGGCGAUGCUCGCGCGCUCGGCGCUGCGCUUCAACUUUUCCGUGCUCAUUCUGCGCACCGCCGUCCUCUUUGCCUUUGCGACGAUGACGACGUGCAUCUUCCCGACGCACGAGCUGUACCUUGUCGAGCGCGGCCUCAUGACCGCGCUCGUCUCGUCGGGCUCGGACACGAUCAACGCCAACUCGAGCAUGAAGUUUGCCAACAUCCAAGUCAAGUCGGACGUCCACGCCUGGGCGUACGACACACUGCUGCCGAGUCUCUUUGACGACGACGGCGAGUGGCGCGUCGCGUCAGAAAAUGUCAUUUUGACGUUUGCGAUCGAAGUCUACAAGCGCGAACUCAAAGAUUGCAAUGCCAACAUGGCCGACACGUGGGGCACGGUCUGCUACGCCAACGCCGAAGACGGCGACACGCUCGUGGCGCGGCACCAAGACAGCGUCGCGAUCAGCUCGCGCUUCCGGCCGCUGACGGUCGACGGGAUCCAAGCCGCGAUGCAGGGCAAGGACGACCGGUGGGUCGACGAAGCCACCGCCCGCGUCGUCUUCCAAGUCAUCACAUACAACGGCAACCUCGACGCCUUUGCGCGCACGCGCCUCACCGUGACGUUCCAAAGCGGCGGCUUCAUUGACGCGAGCGGCGAGGUCAUUGUCGUGCCGAGCAACUUGUAUGCGACGUCGUACCAGAAAUGGCUCGACCUCUGCAUCCUCUCGUACUUUGGCGGCACGCUGGGCUUUCUGCUCUUGGCCUUUUGCUGCCCGAAAUGGUGCCACGUGUACAUUGCGUCGUACUCGUCUGUCUUUGUGUGGCUCGACUGGGUCGUUGUCUUCGCCGUGAGUAUGUUUUACCUCAUUUGGUUCAAAGUGUACUCGGCGAUCCUUAACUACACGGCGACAACGUUCGCCGAGAAGCACCCAAGCACAACCAUGGUCAACAGCGACCGACUCGAAGAUCUCGCGUCUCAAAUGACGCGCGUCCGGUUCCUUGCGAUCGCCGUCAUGCUGCUGCUCACGACCCGCAUUUUUGGCGCGAUGGAGUUCCACCCGAAUUUAAACGUCGUCACGACCACGAUUCUCAAGUCGAUCCACAAGCUCGGCGCGUUCUCGUGUGUCUUUGUACUGACCUUGUAUGGCUACGUCGUCGCGGGUUGCCUCAGCUUUGAGGGCACACUCCAGUUUAGCAACUAUGGCCGCGGCUUUGUCACGUGUAUCAACAUGCUCUUUGGGGAUUUUGACUUUGAAGCGAUCGCCCAAGUCAACUUUCCGCUCGCGGUCCUGUGGUACUUUAGCGGCAUGGCGCUGCUCUUCCUCAUCCUCUUCAACCUCCUCCUCGCCGUCGUCCUCGAGUCGUACACGGACGUGACCAUGGAGAACGCGCGGCACAACCGGUCGGUGCUCUGGGAGUUCUGGGUCGUGACGCGCGAGGUGUUCAACCCCGCGCGCUUCUUUGGCUGCGACGCCGAGACCAAGUUUCUACGCGCUGUCCAAGCCGGCGCCUUUGACCGCCUCGACUUUAUCACGGAAGACGACGUCGUGCACCGCGCAUACCUCUCGCCGCGCUCGGCCAAGCACGUGCUCGAGACCAUCUUGCUCUACCGCAACUCGGUGUACAUCCCGAAGAAGGAGAGCGAAGUCCAGAGCGCCACCAACGAAGACGUGCUCGCCAAGAUGCGGCGCCUCGAAGACUCGGUCGCACAGCUCGUGCUGCUGCUCCAAGACCGCGAGAUGUACCGCGCCUAAUGGUGCACUGACGUACUACGCUGCUUUCAUGCUAACAGCUCUGGAAUGCCUUUGCCCAAUAAUGGAUCCAUAUCAUGUUUUAAAG